CUGUCACUUUAAACAGGGCAGCGGAGCGUUGACGUCAUUUUCCAUAACUGCGCAGCGUUGGACCGGAAGGAAGUGGGUGUUAGCUGACUGACGUUAGCAAGCUACAACAUAAAGUCUGCUUCGGGUUCUAUGGAAGAGAUGUCAGGAGAGAGUGUGGUGAGCUCGGCAGUGCCAGCAGCUACAACACGGACGACAUCAUUCAAGGGCUCCAGCCCCAGUUCUAAAUAUGUGAAGUUAAACGUGGGUGGAGCACUGUACUACACUACAAUGCAGACACUAACCAAACAGGACACCAUGCUCAAGGCCAUGUUCAGUGGCAGGAUGGAAGUCCUCACAGACAGUGAAGGUUGGAUUUUGAUUGAUCGCUGUGGGAAGCAUUUCGGGACCAUCCUUAACUACCUCAGAGACGGGGCAGUGCCCCUCCCAGACAGCAGACGGGAAACGGAGGAGCUGCUCGCUGAGGCCAAGUAUUACCUUGUCCAAGGCCUGGCUGACGAAUGCACGGCUGCCUUGCAGAACAAAGAAUCUUACGAACCCCUUUGUAAAGUGCCUCUGAUGACAUCCUCUAAGGAAGAGCAGAAGCUAAUUGCAACCUCAAAUAAGCCUACUGUCAAACUGUUGUAUAACCGAAGCAACAACAAAUAUUCAUAUACCAGUAAUUCUGAUGACAACAUGCUGAAAAAUAUUGAGCUGUUUGACAAGCUCUCAUUGCGGUUCAACGGGCGAGUGCUCUUCAUCAAAGAUGUGAUUGGGGAUGAGAUCUGUUGUUGGUCGUUUUACGGCCAGGGACGUAAGAUUGCUGAAGUGUGCUGCACUUCUAUAGUUUAUGCCACAGAAAAGAAGCAGACAAAGGUUGAGUUCCCUGAGGCCCGGAUCUAUGAGGAGACCCUCAACAUCCUGCUGUACGAGUCACAUGAUGGAAGGGGUCCAGACAAUGCCCUGCUGGAGGCAACAGGGGGCGCUGCAGGACGUUCUCAUCAUCUGGACGAGGACGAGGAGCGAGAUCGAAUCGAGCGGGUCCGUAGGAUUCACAUCAAGCGCCCCGAUGACCGCACACACCACCAUCAGUGACCUUCGACCAGCCAGCCGGCGUCUCUGACCCGCGACAGUCUUUGCCCCACGCUUGUGCCUUACAUCACCGGGCGCCUUCCUGUCGCACUCUCCGUCGUAUUGUACCAGCUUUUUCUCCAGGAGACUACGAUGAGAUGUGUGUCAUACGGUAUAUCGGUGGUGUAAUUUUUGUGUUUGUUUGUGUUUUGUCUUCGUUGUGCGGUCCAACAGGAUGUACUGUUCUGUUCUGUCUUUUUUUUGGUCACGAUGACUUGUGUGCAGGAACCCGUAGACCUGAGUGUUCAAAUUCAAAACAACCAGUGACCAGAGGUUGUUUUUCAUCAAAGCAACACAGUUUUACCUGAUUGUGUGAAAACAGAAAAGGAAUAUAAAGAGUAGUCUGCUACACUGCAGUACUGCACUAUAAUGAGGAGAACAAGAAUGAUGUUAGGAGCUAAAUAUUAAUGAAAAUAAUUUUAGCUUCUCCUUACCGGGGUUCUUAUGUGUCCAUCUGAAACCAUGUAGUACGCAAUGGCGCCACAUAGGGGCGCUACUUUACUCUUACAAUAUUUUACCAUGGCUAUUUCUGUAGCUUGUGGAUUUUAGCAACUACAUUUUUGGGGGGAAUUUGUAUUAAUUUUUGAUAAUUGAGAUUACGAUAUCGAACGCAGGAACAACUUAUCAUCGUAGUGCUUCUGCCGAUUUAGUUUUAAUGUUUAUGCAUUUUCCGUUCACUCACACAAAUGAUCGCUAUUAUUGUCAGUGGAGGGAACUUGAGCCGUGACCCGAGGUGUUAAAUGUACUGAGGAGAUUGAAUGAUGGAUGCUGAGGUUGAAGUGAAUGACUGUAACCUGAGUUCUCCCUGGCAGGGAGGGAAUCCUGUCCACGAGCUUUUAACACGAAGAAAAAUUAGACCUGUCCUUCAUCCCCACAUUCAUCAGAGAAUGUACUGUUUGCACACAAUAGGUUUAAGUUGAAAUAUAUCUAACAAUCUCAGUACUUGUAGGUAUGUUGUACAGAAGUGAAAAUAUAUGUAUGUUUUAUAUUUAUACAUACUUUAUCACAAAUACAUUUCUACAAAUAUG